AUGACCAGUAGGCCGUUGGGUACGAUCACAACUGACCUCGCUACUCUUUACAAGGAUGGAUUCACCGACGUAGAGAUAAUACUACCCGAUGGGAGGGUGAUAGGAACAUCGAGGUUCAUCCUCGCUCUUCGUUCACCCCUUUUCCGACGCCACUUUCGCCAAAAUGAACAGUCGCUUUCCGCUCCCAGCAAUGCUACGGACGACAUAUCAUCAUUGCCUAUUUCAAGCUCGAAUGCGGUGACAACCGAUAUUGCCGCAACCCCCACAGAUACUUUAACGGUAUCGCCUCUCUCGCAACAAUCACCACUACGCCUUGAAGAUUACAUUCAACCGUUAUAUCUACCACGAGAUUCGUUGGCGGUUGCCUUUGAGAAAAUACUCUCGUUUUUCUACACUGACGUUCUUGAUUGGGAUGAGAACAAUAUGCUAUCAUCCCCUGUAACGGCUGAUUUCCUAUCUUUAUCGACAUCUGCUCCAGGCACGCCUUUAUACUCACCUACUUCCACGGUCGUACCUUCUCUCCCAGCAUCGCCAAUAACUUCGUCAUUUCCAUCAUCACCCGUAACUCCAGUAACUCCAUCAUCACCAUCGCCACAACUCCUGCAUAACUCUGCAUCUAGUCUCACAGAUUCAAAUUUACCGAAUCCACCAACACUCUUGGCCUCUCUCUUGCUUAUCAGUUACCGCUUGGAACUUCUUCCACUCCUCUCGCAUCUCGAAUCCAACUUUAAAUCAUACUUGGAUGGCAGUAAUACUGUUCCGCUACUCAACGCUUUUAUUCAAAUGUCUACACACGACUCUUGUAUCCCAUCAUCUCCCGACUUGAGCAGCCUUCUCACAAUAUCGACUAGAUUUUCUGGGAUGUGCUACAGAUACUUGCACGCAAAGAGUGCAUUCGACGAUGAAGAAGGGUUCAAUACGUAUAAAUUGGGAGAAUUGAAAUUCAAGAGUGUCGUCUUUUGUUUGAGACUGCGAAGAGCGUAUUUAGAUGGACAGAAAGAGAAGCCUAGAGGCAAAAAUAAAGGGAAAGGAAGAGUAUUGACUGAAGGAGCUUCUCGCGACAAGGGGGGUGAAUAUGCAAGUAGGAGUGCAAGUGGGAACACUUAUGGCUCUGGAUAUAGGCAUCUGCUUAAAGGCGAGAAUGGAGAAGUGAGAACGUUAAAGUUUAUCGAGAGAUGGAUUAGGUAUAGAAACUCGGAUGGUGAGGCAAGACGAGGAGCGGUAAAUGAAGAAAAACAGUUGCGCACAAAUAAGGAUAAUGCAAGUGUUGAGGAAAGAGACAGAGUGAAUGGGCGAGAGAAAAACGAGAUUGCUGUCAAAGAAGAUAAAAUCACGUGCGAUGCGAAGGAAUAUUGCAAGGCAAAGGAAGACAAAGUCGAAGCAGAUAAGACAGAAGGAAACGAAGCAGUUAUUGAGAAGGCAGACGCAUGUACGUUGGAGACCGAUCAGGCAGACCAGCCAACGAUGGAUGCAGUUUCAGAAGUUGAUAUGAAAGCAGAUAAGGAAGAUGAUUCUCCCAUAGAAAAGGAGAUUGCUGAAAACGGAAACAUGAUGUCUGACAAUGAUAACAAAUCGCAUCCCGAAGCCAUGUCGAUAACAGAAAGCGCCUCGGAUACCCAAACAGAGCAGUCUCAACUAGGAAUCGAAACACAAAAGGAGAGUGACGUUGCCGAAAAUGAUACAAGUCAAGAUAGCGUCAAGCGUAUCUCAGAAGGGUCAAAUGUUGGUAACGAAGAAGUAGUUGGUUCUCAACAGGAAUCAACCCUUGAAAAGAACGAGGAACAGAUUAUCAAGGAUGGAGGUGAAGAACAAGAAGAACGUGAAGAAGUUAAUAUAGAAGAACUCUUGAAAUAUAUUGAUUUCUCUUACCUAGGCCCUACAAUACUGAUUCAAAUGAAACAAUCAGCCUUCAUCCCACAUCAUAUCCUUGUAGACGCAAUAGAAGUCAAGUGGCGUGAAGAGGCUGUGAGAUGUAUUCAAGAGAUGAAACAAGAGUUGGAUAUCUGUAGAGCAAGAGAGAAAAAACUAAUAGAAUCUUUGAUGGAAGAGCGGAACAGAGCCGAUGGGGUCAUGGUCGCAUUAUUGAGACUUUUGAUUAUCGUGCUUAUGGGUUAUGGAGUUUGGUAUGUUUUCAGUCUGGUCAUGGUUAGACUUCCCAAAGCUUUGAAGAGGUAUUGA